AUGAGUAAACUCGACAGACACACACUUUUCAUUGAUGAGGUCGAGACGGAUGUAGUGUUUAUGCAGCCCAACAGCAGCAAUGCACUCCCGGACGCAAACCUGGUCAGAUACAGCCCUGUCUCUAGGCCAGUACAAAUCUCCACGCACCAAGACUCCGAAGACAAUGAAAUUGUUCGCGUGUCCUCUGGAUCUCCGUGGAAGCAUUAUGAGCGCAAAUUUUCCGUCAUAUUAAGUAGAGAAAGACACGUUGUGAAAUGCAGAACUUCUAGCGAAAGUUUUAUGAUAAGGACUGUCGACGGGCGAUCUGCAGAGAAGAAUGUUCUGUAUCUCCGCAGCAUUCAGCACCCCAACGUCGAAAGAAUCAAAGAAAUGUUCUCCGAGGACAUAUUAGACGCAUCUACCCACUUACACAUCGUUACAGAAUGUUCCACAGUCUCCUUACUUCAAGUUUACAGAUCGCCUCAGUACCCUACUGAGCCAGAGUUGGGCUCGAUUCUGCAGCAGGUAAUGUUCUACGCAUAUUUACGAGUUUUUCUCAUGACGUAUACAGAUACUCGAUGGUCUUAA